AUGGUUACUACAAUUCAAGAAGAAGCAAUGGCAUACGACCCGUCGUCGCGGCACGUCAUGAGCAUGUUCUACAAGCGCCUGUUCCCGUACAAGCCCUUCUUCAGGUGGCUCAACCAGUCUGAUGCCCCGGGCAAGCUAUGGACGCACCGCGAGUUUGCCUUCACCAUCGAGAACGACGUGUACAUCCGAUACAACUCGUACAACACAGCCUACGACUUCCAGAAGGAUGUUCUGCGCCUCGUGCCCUCGCGUUUCGAGAUCGGGCCGCAGUACUCGCAUCGCCCGCGCGACCGCAAAACGCUCCCCAGUGGUGUCCUACAGCCCCUUCGUCGUGAGCUCGUCUUCGACAUUGACAUGACCGACUACGAUGAGAUUCGCACGUGCUGCACCGACAAGAAGAUCUGCAAGCGUUGCUGGGGUUUCAUCGCCGCCGCCGUCAAAGUGCUCGACAAGGGACUCCGGGAUACGUUUGGGUUCAAGCACCUCCUCUGGGUGUACUCUGGCCGCCGUGGUAUCCAUUGUUGGGUUUCGGAUACACUUGCUGUCGACCUAACGGACGACCAGCGACGCGCACUCGUCACCUUCCUCGAGGUGAUUAAGGGAAGCAAGGAGCAGGCCAAGAAGGUCAACCUACGUGGAGGGCGAGACGAAGUGCCCCUCCAUCCGUUCCUCGCCGAGGCGUUGAAAACGCUCAAGGACAGGUUUAAAAAGCUCUGUUUGACGGACCAGGACGUCCUGAAGACGGAGCGCGGGUGGGAGGCGCUCCUUGCGCUGGCACCGAAUGACCGGGCCACGACGGACAAGCUGCGUCAGAUUUGGGAGAGCGACCCGGACCGCUCGUCGAUGAAGAAGUGGUCGGACGUGGGGGAUCAGGUGAACGCAGAGCGGGAAGCGAAGACUCCAAUGGGUCGCAAAUGGAAUGCGGCGCUCGAAGACAUCAUCCUUCAGUACACGUAUCCGCGCAUCGACGCUGAGGUGUCCAAGCACCGCAACCACUUGCUCAAGGCGCCGUUCUGCGUGCACCCGGGCACGGGGCGGGUGUGUGUUCCCGUCGACCCGGAAAAGGUGGAUGAAUUCGAUCCGGACACGGUACCGACUGUUGGCGAGCUGCUUGCGGAACUCGACCGUGCCUCGCCGAGUGACAGCAACGGGAAGAUGAUCGAGGACUACGACCGGACAUCGCUCAAGCCGUAUGUUGAGAUGCUGGAAAAGCAUGCACGCGCGAUCAUGGAAGAUGUGAAGGGAGCAAGAGGAGCGAAGGAGGAGACGACCGAGUUCUAA